UCGCGGAACCGUCUGGAGGGCAAAGUGCUGGAGACAGUGGGGGUGUUUGAGGCACCGAAGCAGCAUGGCAAAUACGAGACGGGCCAGCUAUUUCUUCACAGUGUGUUUGGCUAUCGAGGAAUAGUUCUGUUUCCCUGGCAAGCUAGGCUCUAUGAUCGAGAUGUUGCUUCUCCUGUCACAGAAAAGAGCGAGAAUGUAGCAGGCCAUGGUUCCAAAGAGGUCAAGGGCAAAACACAUACUUACUAUCAGGUGCUAAUAGAUGCUCGGGAUUGUCCACAUAUAUCCCAGAGGUCGCAGACAGAAGCAGUGACGUUCCUGGCAAAUCACGAUGACAGCAGAGCCCUCUAUGCCAUACCAGGUUUAGACUAUGUAAGCCAUGAAGAUAUCCUUCCCUACAGCUCCACUGAUCAAGUGCCCAUACAGCAUGAGCUCUUUGAGAGAUUUCUCAUGUAUGACCAAACAAAAGUUCCACCUUUUGUAGCAAGGGAUACACUUUGUGCAUGGCAGGAAAAGAACCACCCCUGGUUAGAGCUCUCUGAUGUGCACCGAGAAACCACAGAGAACAUUCGAGUCACAGUCAUCCCUUUCUAUAUGGGCAUGAGGGAAGCCCAGAAUUCCCAUGUCUACUGGUGGCGCUACUGUAUUCGCUUGGAGAACCUUGACAGUGAAGUGGUACAGCUCCGAGAAAGGCACUGGAGGAUAUUCAGCUUAUCUGGCACCCUGGAAACAGUCCGAGGCCGUGGUGUUGUUGGAAGGGAGCCAGUGUUAUCCAAAGAACAACCAGCAUUUCAGUACAGCAGUCACGUCUCCCUGCAGGCAUCCAGUGGUCACAUGUGGGGUACUUUUCGAUUUGAGAGGCCUGAUGGCUCCCACUUUGAUGUCCGAAUCCCACCCUUUUCUCUGGAAAGCAACAAAGAUGAGAAGACCCCCCCCUCCGGCCUGCACUGGUAGAGCAGAUUGAGUGCUGAGACCCACAGAGAACUGUGUGUGUUGUAGAUCUUUACCUCCCCCCUCAUGCUGCAGCCAGGAGAAUGGAGCUUUUAAACAUUUUAAACAUUUCACUUUUAACCAUUGUCUAACGAGGAGGGCUCUUUUUUGAACUUUAGUACUGGCUCUCUCGGGCUGCUUGUAAACAUAAGCUGUGCUACAAUUAACCCUUCCCUUCGUGGCACCUGCUGGGGUUGGACCUGGGCAAUGUAGAUCUGUGUGGCUGCAGAAGACUGGUCCCCUCGGCAGGCCUGGCCCCUUUCCAAUGUGUUGUGAAUUCUCUGCAAUGUGAGGUUUCUCUAAUAAACUGGCCCUUCCAGUUGCAACCAGUCUUCCUUUAUAAACUAAGGCCUAGAAUUUGCCUCCAGCUCACCCUGGCUUGUUGCUCCUCUUCACCCUUGUGCAAAGCAGAGUCAGCCCAAACUUCUUGCUGCUUCAGAAGGCAGCAAGGAGGAUGUCUUAGGGAGAAGAAAUGAACUGCUGUACUUCCUGACGAGGCGCAGCCUUCUUGCAAUGCUGCUGCUUUCUGGGCUUUAGCCAGCGUGUGGCAGAGCGGCCUGUAAGCUAUGCUACUUGCUGUGCGGCUUGCCUGAGCUAUGCGCUGAGGGGGUGAUGCAAAGCCUGUUUUGUUGGAGAAGAAGCAUAGAGGGGGAAAGGUGUGUUUGCAGCUGGUGCUGAGCAGGCAGACACAGUGCCUUUUGAGCGUGCAACACUGAGCUGCAUGAUGCAAUAGUCCAGGGGAGCUGAAGGGCACGUGAACAACAGCCCCCUGUGUCCCGAGGGCUUACCUAUCUCUAGCAAUACAUGAUGUAGCUCUGUGUUUUCUUGGCAGUUUUUGCUCUGAGAGGAAUACUUUGUUUUACCCAGAAAGCAGCAAUGAGGUAGUCCUUGGCUUUUGCUCCUGCUUGCUCAUCUCAGUAGGGUGAGAUUAUUAUUAUUACUUUUUUUUUUUGGUGGUCUGCACAUGGGGCCCUGCCAAACUGCAGGCACAGGUUGGUGAAAUAUCUAUAAGCUUACAGUGCAUGGGUUUGUGGGAAUUUUGCUUUUACCUGUGAAGGGCCUGGUCUACAGUGCACAUCAGGUGUUAAUUCUCUUCACCAGCUUCAACUGCUCUCACUAGCUCCAAGGAUUGCAGGGAUUAGAGACAUCAGCCUCUUCUGCUGCCCCUGGAUGUCCUAGACCUGGCCCUGCGUGACUUGUAGGGGCAGAGGUAGCCUUGUGAUGGGAAACCUAGGUGGAAAAAGUUUCAAACCGUGCUCCUUUCCCUGGUCUUGCAUUAAUGGCAAGGGAUAAAUAACUUACAAGACUGUUUUUCCUGCUCCAGAAGUAUCCCAGUUACCUCAUGUCCUCUUCCCUCCACAUUUGGCUCUAUAUGGCAGUGCCAUGUGGUCAGACAGUGGGAGAGACUGCGCUGCCCAGCAGCUAAUAAACGCCUGUAUAGGGAGAAUUAAUUACUAAUGCUUAAACAGUGUUUAUUUGUCACUGGUCUCUUAAUUUUGUGACUUCUUUCCUGGCAGGCAGGACAUGUGAUCUACAUUGCUUUUAGAGCUAGAAAGUUUGGACAGCUUGUUUUAGGAGUAGGUAAGGAUUGGUAAAGAGCAGCUCUCAGUUGACCCGCCCUCACGCACCACUGUUGUGCUGCUUUCUUUGCAAGAGAAAAGAAGGGAAUAACAUAGUGCUGGGGGGGGGUCGUAGCUCUUUUUCUUUUUCCUCCUUUGCAAUCGUUCAGUGGAGAACAGAGAAGCAGCUGCCCUGCUUCUCGAGUUACUGCCCUUGAGUUACUGACUUCAUCUUUUCUGGCAAUUGCAACACUAUUGUAAAUAUUUAACCUUAACAGCUCACCUGCUUGUGUUCUGAGGGUGGUGUGGGCCUAAUGCUCCCAAUAGCACAACCAAGGGCAGUUGUGCUUCUGACAGAUGGUGUGGGCCUGGGGGUAUGGCAGAACCUCAGCUGUGCCAAUCAGUGUGCAGUGCUGCCCGCAGCACACGGGGCUGGGAUGGGGAGCACGGAGCGCUGCUGCCCGAUCUGUGUGUGGAGCAGGGACAGGAGCAGCCCUGGGCCUGGCUUUGGGGCUCUUCCUUAGUCCCUCUUCCCACACCCAGCGGCUCUCCUGAAAGGGGCUUUCCUCUCCUCUGUAAAUAUCUGUAUAAAGAACUCCUCAAUAAAGCGCUGAAGGAA